UUUCAUAACCAGAGUUGGAAUAAAUAGUUUCUCUGCACCAGACUACAAAGAUCCAAUUUCCGAAAGCACAGCACCCAACACUCUGCCAAAAUGACUUAUCUUUCAGGGCUUGUUGGCUUUCUGCUGCUGCUUACAGCUGAGGCCAAAGUUGGAAACUCGUCUCAGAUAGAGUUCUGCAGUGAGACCAAACAGUGCCUGCUGUUUGAUCGGGUUUGUGACGCUGAUGGCUAUGAGGUCCGCAAAUAUGGCUCUGUGAAAUGGGUUUCAACUGACGAGAUGUCCUUCUUCAUGGAGAUUGCAGCAAUGAGAGCAUUCAGACGACUGUUUAACUACAUCGAUGGUGCCAACAAGGAUGGGAAGAAAAUUGAAAUGACAGCUCCUGUCAUUAUAAAAAUGAUUGAGGACAAAUACUUUUGGCAAAGGAGUACCUACACAAUGAGUUUCUUGCUGCCAGCUGAACAUCAGGCAAAUCCCCCCAAACCCACUGAUGAUAAGGUGUACUUCCAGAAGAUGCCUGAUAUGAAAGUGUAUUCACUGAGCUAUGGAGGAUGGAUGACGAACUUAUCUGACAAAAACAAAGCCAGCACUCUGUCUGCUCUCCUUGACGCAGUGGGUGCAAAGUACAAAAAAGGCUUUCACUAUGCUGUCGGAUAUAACAGCCCGAUGAAGAUAUUUAACAGGCACAAUGAGGUGUGGUAUGUUGUUGAGGAUGACCCAGUGUGUGCCGGCAGUGAUGAAGAUUUUUCUCCUGUCUCUUGAAUGUUAUGAACCCGGUGUGGCGACAGCUUACAACAGACAGUGUGUAUGAGGAGAUGACGUAAGGGGACAGUACUUCAAAUCAUAAUGUGUCGUAAAAAUAACCUUCCAGCAAGAGCACAGAUUUUAAAAAUGCAGAUGAAUUCAAAUGAAUUGCCAUGUACAACUUUUGACUAUGGCUUUAUAUAAGUUUAUACUCUGUUUUAUUCAAUAAAGUUACUUUUUAGCAGCAA